GUCAAAAUCAGGCGAACAUCAUAGAUUUAUGAAUCUUCUGCUGUCCUAUCUAUACAACGCAUAAGAACUCCACGCUCUCAAACUCUGAAUCUUUUCGACGUCAAAUUUUUAUUCCCCUCUUUUCGAUUUAUCUUUCAGCAGGAGAUGGCUUUAGGUGGAGCAGCUCCCCAAAGAGGAAGUGCAGCAGCUGCUGCUAGCAUGAGGAGAAGAAGAACAACCAGUGGUGGGGCCUCUGGAGGAGCAGCUGGGACUAUGCUUCAGUUUUACACCGACGAUGCCCCUGGACUCAAGAUCUCCCCAAAUGUCGUUCUUGUAAUGAGUAUUGGCUUUAUAGCUUUUGUUGCCGUCCUUCAUGUGAUGGGAAAAUUGUAUUUCGUGCGCCGAGAGGCAUAAGUUAGGUUCAUUUUUGGAUUUCUAAUAUGAAAGUUCUGACAAACUGCUACUUAAUUUAUAGAGUUUUUUCCGGAUCCA